CCGGAUCUUGCGAAGUACAGCCAGGAAGCGUCAUAGACUCCACGUCGCCAAGAAGACUCUCCGCUCUAAACUAGUCUACCCGCCCGACUAAUUUCUCAGGGUGGUCGGGCACUUUGGUCAAACACUACACGCAGACGUAGAAACAUGCCUCUCCGGUUGGACAUCAAGCGGAAGCUGACCGCUCGGUCGGACCGUGUGAAGAGUGUGGACCUGCACCCAACUGAACCAUGGAUGGUUGCCAGCCUGUACAAUGGCAGUGUCUGUGUCUGGAACCACGAGACACAGACCCUGGUGAAGACAUUCGAGGUGUGUGACCUGCCUGUGAGAGUGGCUAAGUUUGUGGCGAGGAAGCACUGGGUCAUUGCUGGAGCAGAUGACAUGCAGAUCCGUGUGUUUAACUACAACACUCUGGAGAGAGCUCACAUGUUUGAGGCCCACUCUGACUACAUCCGCUGCAUCGCAGUCCACCCAACACAACCUUACAUCCUUACCAGCAGUGAUGACAUGCUGAUCAAGCUUUGGGACUGGGACAGGAAGUGGGUGUGUGGUCAGGUGUUUGAGGGCCACACCCACUAUGUCAUGCAGAUCGUCAUCAACCCUAAAGACAACAACCAGUUCGCCAGCGCCUCCCUGGACAGGACCAUUAAGGUGUGGCAGCUGGGAUCUUCCUCCCCUAACUUCACUCUGGAGGGCCAUGAGAAAGGAGUCAACUGUAUCGACUACUACAGCGGAGGGGACAAGCCCUAUCUUAUAUCAGGAGCUGACGACCGCCUGGUCAAGAUCUGGGACUACCAGAAUAAGACAUGUGUGCAGACUCUAGAGGGCCAUACCCAGAAUGUGUCCUGUGUCAGCUUUCACCCUGAGCUGCCAAUCAUUCUCACAGGCUCCGAGGACGGCACAGUGAGAGUCUGGCAUUCCAGCACGUACCGCCUGGAAAACACACUGAACUAUGGGAUGGAACGUGUGUGGUGUGUGUGUGGCCAACGAGGCGCCAACAGUGUGGCGCUGGGAUAUGAUGAAGGCAGCAUCAUCAUCAAGUUGGGUCGCGAGGAACCAGCCAUGUCUAUGGACUCUAACGGUAAGAUCAUGUGGGCCAAGCACUCUGAGGUGCAGCAGGCCAACCUGAAGGCCAUGGGAGAGGCUGAGAUACAGGACGGAGAGAGGCUGUCCCUGGCCGUCAAAGACAUGGGCAGCUGUGAAAUCUAUCCCCAGACCAUCCAGCACAACCCCAACGGCAGGUUUGUGGUGGUGUGUGGGGAUGGAGAGUACAUCAUCUACACUGCAAUGGCCCUGAGGAACAAGAGCUUCGGUUCAGCACAGGAGUUUGUCUGGGGCCACGACUCCUCAGAGUAUGCUACUCGGGAGAGCACCAGCAUGGUCAAAAUCUUCAAGAACUUCAAGGAAAAUAAGUAUUUUAAACCAGACUUUGGGGCAGAAGGUAUCCAUGGUGGGUUCUUGCUGGGCGUGAGAUCAGUGAGUGGUCUAGCCUUCUACGAUUGGGAGAACACAGAGCUGGUCCGCCGCAUUGAGAUCCAGCCUAAACACGUCUUCUGGUCAGAGUCUGGGGAGCUGGUGUGUAUUGCCACGGAGGAGUCUUUCUUUGUGCUGCGCUACCUGGCUGAGAAAGUGGCAACAGCACAGGAGACCAAGGAGGGAGUCACCGAGGAUGGGAUAGAGGAUGCCUUUGAGGUGUUGGGUGAGAUUCAGGAGGUGGUGAAGACUGGUCUGUGGGUGGGAGACUGUUUCAUCUACACCAGCUCAGUCAACAGACUCAAUUACUACGUAGGAGGAGAGAUUGUCACCGUCGCCCACCUGGACAGAACUAUGUACCUGUUGGGCUACAUCCCUAAGGAUGACCGUCUGUAUCUGGGUGAUAAGGAGCUGAACAUCGUCACUUACUCUCUGCUGGUGUCGGUACUGGAGUACCAGACAGCUGUAAUGAGGAGGGACUUUGGGAUGGCCGACAGGGUCCUACCCACCAUCCCUAAAGAGAUGAGGACCAGGGUCGCCCACUUUUUAGAGAAACAGGGUUUCAUGCAGCAGGCUCUGGCUGUGUCCACAGACUCAGAACACAGGUUUGAGUUGGCUCUGCAGCUAGGAGAACUGAAGAUCGCCUACCAGCUGGCUGUAGAGGCUGAGUCAGAGCAGAAGUGGAAGCAGUUGGCAGAGCUGGCCACCACUAAGUGCCAGUUUGUCCUGGCCCAGGAGUGUCUGCACCAUGCCCAGGACUAUGGGGGGCUACUGCUGUUGGCCACAGCCUCGGGCAACACCACCAUGGUGGGCAAGCUGGCAGAGGGGGCAGAGAGAGAUGGCAAGACCAACGUGGCUUUCCUCACCUAUUUCCUCCAGGGGAAACUGGACAAAUGUCUGGAGCUCCUCAUUAAAACCAACCGGCUGCCAGAGGCUGCAUUCCUGGCCAGAACAUACCUGCCCAGCCAUGUGUCUAGAGUGGUGAAUCUGUGGAAGGAGAGCCUGGGGAAAGUGAACCAGAAGGCAGCUGAUGCGUUGGCCAACCCUACAGACUACAGCAACCUGUUCCCCGGCCUACAGGAGGCCUUCCUGGCCGAAGAGUAUCUCAAGGAGACGCACGUCAGGCUGAGGCCCGCCGCAGAGUACCCUCUCAUCACCUCCAAUGAGAAUAGGAAUGUCCUGGGGGAAUCUGCAGACUAUGUGCCAAAAGUAGUGCCUGCUGAACCAGAGGUUGCUGGGAGCAUGGAUGAACCCCCUGUAUUGGAAGCAGUGGUAGAAGCCCCUGUAAUGGCAGCAGUGGUGGAGGCUGCAGCCCCAGAAGCUCCAGUAGUGGAAGAGUCCAUUGUCAUGGAAGAGGUAGAACCUGUUGCAGCUGCCGUAGUGGAGUUUAUCCCAGCAGUAGAAGAAUCUAUCCCAGUGACAGUAGUGGAACCAACUAUGGCUGCAGUGGAAGAAUCCAUUGAGUUGGCAGAGGAGGAACCCAUUGUUGUUGAAGUGGAAGCUCCCAAGCCAAAGCAGGCAACAUCAGUGGAAGAUAUCCUCACUAAGAUAGAGGCUCUUGUCACCAUAGAAAAUGACACAGAAGCACCCCUCUUGGUGCCAGAGGUAGCACAGUCCACCCCAGAGGAAGAGUUCAGAGCAACACCAGAGGAGGCCGUUGAGGAAGGACCUGCAACAAUGAAGCCCAUAGCAACAGAUGCACCUGUUACAGAGUCGGUCACAGAACCCAUUGUAACAGAAGCACCAGUUGCCGAGGAAGCGCCAGUGCCUAUAGCAACAGAACCAGAACCUGUUACCAUAGAAGCAGUGGUGGAAGCUGAAGCACCCAUUGCCGCAGCAGUACUAGAAGCCAUAGCAACAGAACCCAUGGUUACAGAACAAGCACCUGUUACCAUUGAAGUGGCAGUGGCAGCAGAAGCACCCAUUACUGAGGCAGUAGCAGAAGCCAUAGCAGCAUCUGAAAAAGCCCCAGUCAUUGUAGAAGAGAAUGAACCUGCCCCAGCACCACUCAUAGACCUAGCCCCAGCCAUAGACCUAGUCCCAGCCAGAGACCUAGUCCCAGCCAUAGACCUAGUCCCAGCCAGAGACCUAGUCCCAGCCAUAGACCUAGUCCCAGCCAGAGACCUAGUCCCAGCCAUAGACCUAGUCCCAGCCAGAGACCUAGUCCCAGCCAUAGACCUAGUCCCAGCCAGAGACCUAGCCUCAGCCAUAGACCUAUCCCCAGCACCACUCAUAGACCUAGCCCCAGCCAGAGACCUAGCCUCAGCCAUAGACCUAGCCCCAGCCAUAGACCUAGCCCCAGCACCACUCAUAGACCUAGCCCCAGCCAGAGACUUAGCCCCAGCACCAUUCAUAGACCUAGCCCCAGCCAUAGACCUAGCCUCAGCCAUAGACCUAGCCAGAGACCUAGCCCCAGCACCACUCAUAGACCUAGCCCCAGCCAGAGACCUAGCCCCAACCAGAGACCUAGCCUCAGCCAUAGACCUAGCCCCAGCACCACUCAUAGACCUAGCCCCAGCUCCACUCAUAGAACUAGCACCACUCAUAGACCUAGCUCCAGCCAUAGAUCCAGCUACAACACCAACUGUAGAGGACAAGGCUGCAGCAGCCCCAGCAGUAGAGCCCCUACCAGCACUCACCCAGGUGGUUCCACCAGGCGCAGAGCUAGCCCCUGCAGCCCCUCUAGCUGCCCUCUUAGAGGGUAAAGGUGUGGAGGAGGCAGCCCCUGCAGCCCCUCUAGCUGCCCUCUUAGAGGGUAAAGCUGUGAAGGAGGCAGCCCCUGCAGCCUCUCUAGCUGCCCUCUUAGAGGGUAAAGUUAUGGAGGCAGCCCCUCUAGCUGCCCUCUUAGAGGGUAAAGGUAUGAAGGAGGCAGACCCUGUAGCUGCCCUCUUAGAGGGUAAAGUUAUGGAGGCAGCCCCUCUAGCUGCCCUCUUAGAGGGUAAAGUUAUGGAGGAAGCCCCUCUAGCUGCCCUCUUAGAGGGUAAAGGUAUGGAGGAGGCAGCCCCUGUAGCAGUAGCAACAACAUCCAUGGACCUGCUGGACCUGAAUGAUGAGGGUCUUGACGACCUGGACAUGUUUGAUCUGGACGACGACAUCGACACCACAGACGUCAAUCUGGACGAUGACUUCUUAGACGACUGAAACUCUUGGAGAAAUGCUCUUAAAGUGACCAAAGUGUUGUUCAUACUCCUAGUGAAUGGGAGUGUGUGUGUGGGGGACCAGGGUGUUUUUACCUUUACAGUGAAACUGGUGAAAGGUGGGGCGGAUGAGUUCAUGUCUUUCCAUCUUUACACAUUAACUGUGAAAACACCGUGGAAGGUUGUUUGUAGAAUGCUUUGGGUGAUAAUGUGGUGGACUGGGUUCAUUCAUUAGGAAUAAACACAGUAAAUGUUUGAAACGGGAUACAAAUUUGCCUUCUUAUUGAACAGGUCAAAUGUACUGUGUCAAAUAGAUUUCUGGUUUCGCACAUGCUGAACACAACCCCGGGUUGUAUUCAUUAGUCGUAUUUCAUUGCAAAAGUUUUGCAAUGGAAACGGUUUACACCAAAUACAAAACACGUUUCUAUUGCACAAAUUCAGGUUGGUUCAUAGAGUAAACGUUUUCCAUUGCAAACAUUUAGCAAUGGCAUCCAACUAGUGAAUACACCAUGGUUUUGAAAUCCUUUGUACAGUACUUCAUCCUCCAACUCUCACAUUGACCUACAGUAUAGAAUGAUAGUGUGAACCAGAGUGGUCAUGGGUUUGACAUGUUUACCUUAUCCUCUCACAUAGGAAGAUGGGAAUAGUUUACUACUGUACCUCUUACCGCUAGUUAAACAGGCUUUGAUCUUUCAUUCAUUAGUUAGGUCAUGAGCUUGUCUUCAGUAUACCUCUACAUGUCUUGGCAAGCAUGCUGCUCUGCCAUGGUCUAGUAUCUUAUGCAUCUGCUGUUUUUAAUAAGGAACCUACUUCAUUGUUACAGAUGUGAACCCAAGUGCCUAAUGUAUGACUGGUCUGGAAUUAAAUGUUAUCAACUCAAUAAAGAUGACAAGUGUUUGUCUGAAUCAG